AUGACAUAUCCUCAGCAGCAAUACCCGCCACCGCCUUAUCAACAGCAGGGUCAGCCAUACCCGCCACAGACGCAGCCUGACUACUCCCAGCAACAUCUGCAGCCAUACAUGAACCCGCAGGAUCAAAACUCACGCCCCACUUCGGCCCAGUCCGGCAAUGCCGCCUACUCGGCCCCAUCACCAUACGACCGUCCCCCUUCGUCCCAGUCGGGGGCAGGCUACCGACCGCAGCCAACGUACGCCGACCCCCAGCAACAGCAGUACAAGGACUCGUCUACCAGCACGUACCCAGGCGCUACACAACAAGGUUCAGCUGUCCCUGCUGGAACGCUUGGUCCUGAUGGCCCCGAUGGCGAGAAGGGUUUCCUAUCCACCGUUGCCGGCGGUGCUGGUGGCGCCUUCCUCGGUAGCAAGAUCGGCCACGGCGGCACCAUGAGCAAGAUUAUGGGAGGCGCGGCAGGCGCGAUCGCGGCCAACUUCAUCGAGAGCAAGCUCAAGGACAAGAAGCACAACAAGCACAGCAAUCAGAAUGGCGGCGCCAGCCAGGGUGGAAUUGGCGGGAUGUUGGGUGGCUUGAUGGGCGGCAGCAGCCAGCAGCAGCAGCCCCAGCAUACGCCCAACACGGCCAAGGAAUUGGGCACGGCAACGGACGCGGUCACGGUCACGGACAUGGGCACGGCGGCCGUGGGCAUGGACACCAUUGACACGAGCUCUAAGCUCUUUUGGAAAUGCUAG